AUGGAUGUUGUUGAAGAAUUUUUCAUAGAAGAUGAUUUAGACAUAUUGGAUAUAGUAGAGUUUGGUUUCCCACGUAAAGUUUAUACUAGGAAAAAUCAUUUCGAGGAGAUGGAUAACUUAACAUUCUUUAAGCGCUUUCGUUUGACGAAAGAUACAGUUCUGCAGUUGUUAGAAUUAAUCGAAAUGGAUCUCGAAUAUAAUAACAAUUUAAACAAUAAUGUAGCACCUAUUGAUCAGUUGUUAGCAGCGCUUAGGUUUUAUGCAAGUGCUGGACAUUUAAGUACAGUGGCUGAUUUUAUCGGCAUGGAUAUCUCCACAGCAUCACGGUUAGUUGCAAAGGUUACACAUGCUAUUGGUAGACUGUAUCCAGAGUUUGUUAAAAUGCCAGGUCCAAAUGAAUUAAUUCAAGCGCAGAGAGAAUUUUAUCGUUUAUCAUCUUUUCCCAGAGUUAUUGGUUGUGUUGAUGGUACGCAUGUCAAAAUACAAUCACCAGGUGGAGAAGAUCCGGAGGUUUUUAGAAACCGAAAGGGAUAUUUCUCUAUAAAUGUUCAGGGUACUUGUGAUGCAAAUCUGAAACUGUUAGAUGUUGUUGCUCGCUGGCCAGGGUCUACAAAUGACUCCACCAUUUUUAAUAACUCGAGGCUUAGAAGGCGAUUUGAAAACAAUGAGUUCCCAAACUGUUUAUUGCUAGGCGAUAGUGGCUAUGUUGUUAGAAAUUACUUUUUAACACCUCUUCUGAAUCCACUAGCAAGAGGUGAAAGACUGUACAAUGAAGCACAUAUUCGCACCAGAAAUGUUAUUGAAAGAUGUUUCGGUGUGUGGAAAAGAAGAUUUCCAGUUUUAGCGUACGGAAUGAGAUUGAAGUUGAAUACUGUAUUGCAUGUUAUAGUUGCUACAGCAGUUCUCCACAAUUUAGCAAAUCAAAUGAAUGAAGAGGAACCUCCAUUACCUGAUGAUCUUAAUCAUGAAGAAAAACGGUGCAAACGGCCAUUUUAA